AUUUUAAGGAGAAACGAUUAUCGGUGCUCCUACUUACUAAUGUUUAUUGAAUAAAGGAAUACAAAUAAAUAUUUGAAAGCAACUAAAAUGAAAUUCGAAAUAUACCAUAAAUAUACAUUUAAAAAAUAUGCAAGAACGUCUCUAACCUGUCAAGACAAUUUAUUGUUUUCCUUGUAUUUUCCUCCUAACUUUUUCGGAGAAACGAUAAUAUCAACACAGCUUCGAAUUUAGCAAUUCACUAUCUCACGUCCUCAUAUGAUUUUAUAUUAUUUCUUGUCCUAAUUUUAAAACAUGGAGACUAAUCUGCAGCACGAAGACUUGCUGAUAAAAUUGCGAGCAAAGCUGAAUGAAGAAAGGAUAAAAUUAUGGGAGUCACCAUUUACCUUGGCCGAUCAAUCUAUUUCGGAAAGCUUAAAGGACCUCUCCAAAAAGUUCGCAACAGAACUCUCUCUUCCCGACAAAGAUGUCUUGAGUGCAUUGCAUGAGUUGCAGCUUCAUUCCAUUGAGCGGUCCAAGGCUAACUCGGAGUUCAAGGAGACGGGACUGGCCACUCUCCGAGUGAAGGCUACUGUGCCGGGAGAGAAGCCACAGGUGCUGAAGAUACAGCAGACGUUGGAGUCAGUGGGCAAGGGGCUGAUUGAGUCUGUGGCUAAAGCGUUGGAUGUUAGUGAGAGUUGGGUGAAAUUAAUAUAUAAUGGUAAAGUUAUACAACCAGCUCCAAGUCUGGAGGAUCAGGGAGUCAAAAACGGGGUUCAAAUCAUGGCUCUAAUAAUGGCUGUAAACCCUGAAGAAGCUAAAAAGGAAGAUCGGAUGUAUUUGGAAAUGAAGUCUACACGCGAUGAUGCUAUGCUACUCUCAGAGUAUGCUGAUGAUUUUGAAGAUGAAGAGUAUAUUAAGUUGGAAGAUCAAUCGGGCAAGACAGUAGAGCUGCCUGCUGCGGAACGGCGAGCUCUGAUGGUCGGCCUGGCGCUACACGAGCGAGGGCGGGCGGCCGCCAAGAAGAAGGACUACCCGCUCGCUCUGGUUUUGCUGCUAGAAGCUGAUCGACAGCUGAGUGAAUGCAGCUCGUCAAUCCUGGCUUCAGUCGACAACGUGGCCGUGCUGCAGCUGGACAUAGCCUGGUGCUACCUGUGUCUGCAGAGUCUAGCGGCGGCGGGCGAUGCAGCGGCGAGGCUGGCGCGAGCGGAGCGCGCGCUCAAGCGGAGCUAUGGGGAGGAUCAUGGACGCGUGCUGGCAGUGAAGGGGACUGAUGCCAACGAACGCGCGCUGAUGAUGCGGCUGCACCUCCUGCAGGGUAUCGUCAGCUUUCAUCAGAACAAGCGGGAUGAAGCACGCCGGUUGCUUGAGAAAGCGGAGAGUGAGCUCAACUCGCUUAGGGUCGACGACGGCGCGGUAUCAGCGCUUAUGGAGCUGGGCUGGUCGCUGAGCUGCGCGCGGCGCGGGCUGCGCGCAGCGCGCGGUGACGUGGCGGCGGCGCACCACUACCUGGCCGACACGUCCGCCGCCAGGGACCUGCAGCGCCGCAAGCACAAGCAGGACAGAGAACGCAAAGCCCUUGGCAUAUGCGAGGACGGUACUCCAGUCAACAAGCAGCUGGUGGACGCCCUAGUCGGGAUGGGGUACACGCGACGUCUAGCAACUUUGGCCUUGAGGAGCAGCAAUAAUCACGUGGCAGAAGGCGUCAGGCUGAUUCAGGAACAGCCUGAACUGUUGGAAGACAGCGACAUUGAAGAUGAGGCAGAUGAGAGUGAGUCGCCAAGCUCAGAGGAGUCCCUCGUUGAGCCGGACAACAAACUUGUUGCUGAGCUGGAGGCCAUGGGGUACCCGGGCGAGGCGGCGCGGGCCGCGCUGCGCCGCGCGCGCAACCACGUGGCCCGCGCCGUCGGCCUGCUCGCGGCCGGCCAGGGGCGAACAAACGAAGCUUUGGACACAACCGAUGCCGGGAACCCCUCCACUAGUGCCGCUUCCACCACCAAAAAGGAAAAACAUGUUAAGAGAAAGAGGGAUGACAAAAAGCGAGAACGCGAACAGGCUCUAAACCGACUGACAUCGGUCAUCCAACACGACGAAGAUGAUCACUUAGACACUUCGCUGGUUGACGAGGAGGACUUCCUCGCGCAAUACAAGUCUCUACUCUAAAACGGUAUACGAUACAAUUUCCUUUGUAACUUUAGAGCGCCUUCAGACAUUUAAGAUUUGAGACAUCGUGAGAAAUCGACAUUGUACCUUGUAACAAAAUGACUCCGAGUACCAUUUUGCUUGCGUCCGUGUGAAUAAUAACUGGUGUUUUCUUAUUGUAUCUGUGACAGUGUGAUCGCAUGCAAUUUAACGCUAUCAAGUUAAAAGUUGUCCUGGAGCGUAACUAAAGCUGUCGUAGGCAUGAUAAUAAUUGAAAUAAAAUGAAAUAUAUCCGUGCAUUAGAACGAUAAAAUGGUAUUUAAACUGUCAUGCGUUAAUAGUAUUAGUAUAACAUCAAGCUAAUUUACCGGUUUGACUUACAUAUUUUAGUCACUUGCGCGACAUGUUUCGGAGAGCCUAGGUCUCGAUUUUCAACCAGUAACAGUGCAUUGAGCAGCUGUCACGAUGGCUGGUUGGGGGUAACUAAAACUACGUGAGUUAACCCGUAAGAUUAGCUUAACGACAAAAUGAUGGAAAAUGAGGUUUGGUGAUGAAAGGCUGUGGUUUAAAAAUGGAAUUGGUACUUAUGAAUCACUAUUUAGUGGAGGAAUGAUAAAGAGCUGAUUCAUUAUUAGGGUAUUUACCGUUUAAUCGUCAGAUGACAAGCAAGUCCCUAAUUGGGCGAUAAGACCGCCUGUUGUUCCUUUUAAUUGUAUUUCAUUUUCUGUAUUUUUUAACUGUCUAGUAUAUAAUAAAGAAUAUAAACUUACCUACUUAAUUGUAAAAAAUAAUUAAACAUAAAUCAACCUUGUUUCGGUACUAGUACGGUUUACCAUGGCUGUCAACGUGUGAUAGUAGUCGUAAUUAGUGAGUUUUGGUUGUCACCUGACGAUAUGCCAUUUUUUUUAUAUUAGGGCGAAUCAACUUUUGACCGUCAGUUUUGAGUGUCUCUUGCGUUACUCAAUAUGUCUCAGGGGUUACCGAAAAUCGAGCUUGUAAUAUGUACACAGUUUUUGUUUAUUAGGUUAAACAGUUUGGGCCUUGAAUGUGAAACAUAUAAAAUCUAUUAUCUAAUGGGAACAUUUUACAACGAAGUUUAAAAGAUGCAGAGAUAUUUGUGACGGUCAAAAAGUUGAUUCGCCCAUUAGUCAUUGUGUUACCACUUAGGAAUAUAAUUCUUGAUCGUCAUAAAAAAUAUAUAUUUAAUAUAGCUACUAAACUAAGACAUAGUAAGUUUUCGUAGUAAUACAAUGUUGUAAAAGUCUACCUCUAUGUCCCUCGAGUUUAUUUUGUUCUAAGGUUGUGUAAAAAAAAAAUAUAUAUAUUUUUGGGUGCUCUUUUUGGAACGAGAAAUCAAAUAUUAUUUGUAGAUUGUUAGUCGAUCGGAAAUCUAACUUGCCAUAUUAUAAUUACUGAACUGUUGUUUCGUGGAAAAGAAAAUUGUUUGUAUUUUAGGAACCCAGUAAAUAAAGAGGCUAUAUAUAACACUGCAAUUUUGUAUGUGUUCUGAAAAUAUAUUUAACCGUCACAUUUUCUUUAAUCUGUAGAAUUAAAAAUAAAACCCACAAUACACUAUCCUUCUGAAAAAUACUAAGGCUAUCGAGAACAAAGUGUAUAUCUUAACUACGUGUCAUAAAUGGUAAAAUUAUAUGUAAUAUCAUAAUAUAUUAUAUUUAAAGUGCAUUUAACUUAUUGUUAGUGAAUUUGAUAUAAAAGUACAGUAGGCUAGUUAAAUAUUAAAUGUUAGGUUAUAACUCAACCUGACGAUGUCGUUUACAUAUAAAAAAGAAUUCGAUGACUGUUGAUAUUAAUUCAAUGCAUUAUGUAUUUAAACGAAAUGAAACUGAAGUUUAUAUUGCAUUGUAUUCAAACUAAUACCUGUUAUGAACACUUGGUUAAGGUAGAAUAUGGAUUGAUCCCAUCCCCAUUAUUGCCAACGCCAUUCUCUUGAUCCGGACAAUCAACUUUUGAGUUACGGAGGGUAACGCAGGAGACAAAAGUGAAAAUAUUUCUUAAAAUAAAUGUUUACUGUGAAUGUUAUUCUCUGGAAUUAAUUAGGUCAGUUGAAUAUGUAUUAUGUAUAUGUACAGUGUGUUUUUUUUGUGGGUCACUAUUUAAAAUGGUGAUUUUUAAGUGUAACGCAGGGGACAUUUUCUUGGCAACUGACUGUUAUUAAGAGUUGAUUGACCGUCACAUUCCUAUAUGUAGGUAUUCUGACUAUUUGUCCGGUUUCCUGUAUUCGUCCACAGCUCUAUGUUAUACAUGUGUUAUGAAAUAAAUGAUAUUAUUGUAUUAAA